AUGUCAAUCCAUGCAUUAUCAUCAGUUGCUCACCACCUCUCCACCCCAACUGGAUUCUUCGGCCUGAAACUAUGGAUCACAAUCCUCAUCUGCAUUGGUCUACUAAUAAUCUUCAUUCUGGUCAUGAUUUUCCUCUGCUACUUCUCUAGCCACUUGAGGGAGAGCGAGUUGAUGCCACCAAGGGGCUGGGACAUGAAAACAGGCAUUAGUUCGCCUGCGGUUUACUCGGGUCACAGCGAUUGGCUGGGAAGCGGCCGGGAUCAUGUGGUGGAUAUGGUGUGCAAGAGUUAUAGUGCAAGGGAACUUCAUUUAGCAACCAAUGGAUUCAGCCAAGGGAAUAUGAUCAGCAGCGGAGAUCAUGGAGAGGUUUAUCGUGCCAUUUUGUUCGAUAACAAAAGAGUUGCAAUCAAGAAGUUUUUAAGCAAGAGUGACAAUGUUGACGAAUUUAUUGAAGAAGUGGAAGCCAUAUGGUGCAUUAGACACAAGAAUUUGGUAAAACUACUUGGAUACUCUAUUGAAGGAGACAAAAGGAUGCUUGUGUAUGAUUACAUCGACAAUGGCGAUCUCCACCAAUGGCUUCAUGGUUGCACAACAAGAACUAGCCCUCUAACUUGGAAUAUUCGGAUGAACAUUGUUGGUCUACUUACAUGA